GCCGCCCACCAUGCCCAUGAUGCCCGCGCAGCCCCUCCCGCGCACCCCCGAGCACCUCAAGGCCGCCGAGCGCAACCCAGAGGGCCACGCAGACCUGUCCGGCGUCAUGUACACCCUCGCCAUCUUCACCGUCGCCAUGGUCCUAUUCCCCAUCGGCACCUACUUCCUCUCGCGCGACUACGUCUUCUCCCCCAAAACCUCGCUUACGUACCCGGCCAUCUCCGCCGUCACGGUCGCCAACGCGGUCCUGAUCGCCUUCAUCUACGUCGCCUUCCGCGAGGACGCCGACGACGCCGCGCGCGACAAGCUCAACAAGGUGCGCGAGAAGAGCUCGGUUGGCAAGGUGGAGUGAGGGUCGCUCGAGCGUGUGGGUCCCGAGCGAGAGGGAGGGUCAGCUUGUACAGAACUUGUAACUCUACGCAAUGCAGUGACCUGUGUGCUUU